AUGUGUAAUGCCUUAUCGCAGAAUAUGUCUAAUGCCUUUUCGCAGAAUAUGACUGAUGCCUUAUCGCAAAAUAUGUGUGAUGACUUAUCGCAGAAUAUGUCUGAUGCCUUAUCUCAGAAAAUGUGUAAUGCCUUGUCGCAGAAUAUGUCUAAUGCCUUUUCUCAGAAUAUGACUGAUGCCUUAUCGCAGGAAAUGUGUGAUGCCUUAUCGAAGAUAAUGUGUAAUGCCUCAUCGCAGAAUAUUUGUGAUGGCUUAUCGAAGAAUAUAUCUGAUGCCUUAUCGCAGAAUAUGUGUGAUGACUUAUCGCCAAAUAAUUAA